AUGGUUGGGUACACCUAUCUGGUCAUGAGGAAGAACACUUUGCGUACCGGAGCAUCCUGUGAGCACAGGAAGGCAACGAUGAAGCUCUGGAACUGGUUCCAUCAGUCAAGCGUCGCGAGAAACCUCGCUCGUAUCCAUGGAUUCUCUCCGCUUCCAGAGAUCGUGAGGGCGAAGGUGCUUGCAAGGCUAAGAUCAGAUAUACUCUGUGAAGGCAAAGCCGUGUACUCCAGCGAAGACGAGGAGAUCAUCUCUGGUUCCAUAGUGCCUCUUUUCCUGAGCGCUCUGCACGUGCUGGGACAAGCUUACUCGCAGGUGGAUGCCACGGCGCUGGUUCAGAUCAAGAAGAAGUACACCUCGCUGGACGCGUAUCAGGAGUCCAUCAGUGUUCGCGGCGGCUUUGCUAUCGUGCGAACAGGAAGCAACUCAAUAUGGGCUAGUGAUGCAAAGACCGUGAUGAUCCCAUUAGCUGGGCUUGGCUUCGGUCUCAUCGUCAACCUCUGUGGGGAUGUUCUUACUGCCAAGUCUUGUGCAUUUGACAAGCACGAAAUCACUGUGACCGGGCAGAUGAUUACCAAGCUUCUCUCCACAAAGAGCCCCAAGUGGUCCGACCUGGUCGCCUUGGGGGCAGAUGGGAAGACUCUCAACGGCGACAUGAGCAGCGAGCUCAAGAGCCAAGACAUGUACCUGGCCUGCCCGGAAGCGGACUCAGAGACAAGACAGAUUGCCACCGACAUCCUCAACAAGUACGACAAGACCUUCACCAUGGCCUCGUGGCAAUGUGCAGCGGAGCUUUCUCUGGCGCAGUUCAUGGGCGUCUUGGCUGAGAGGAAGCUGAGCGCUGGGUUCGGUCCCCUCAAUGAGCUUCCAAGCACUGUGAAAGUCGCCAAGUUCCAGGACGCGGAGGGGUCGGUAGGCUACUCGGUGGAUGCGGUCUUGAAGUGCGCGAGCCAGAAGGCGCUGCAGGGGGAUGGGUCCUACGUGCUCUCCUCCGGCUCAGUGGCAGACGGAUGCUAUCCCCUCUCCGAAGCCUUUAACGUGCUCGCCCUUAUGGACAAAACGAGCGACGUCAAUCCGAUGCACGACUGUUCCUCCAAGGACCAGGCUUAUUCCAGCGCCUUCUUCAUGGGCUGGAUGUUCGGCCACCCAUCAGCCAAGGCUGGACUCGCUCCCAUCGGCUUCCAGCCGUCGGUUGAGGCGCAUGCGGAGCUGGAGAAGUUGCGAUGCGACGGCAAGAGCAUCUUAAACCCUCCCAAGGCCUCGUCGAGCUUGACAAGCUACGUGACAGCAGGAACUGCUGGGGCUGUCAUGCUCCUCGUCAUGUUGUCUUCUGCCUGGGCUUUCAAGAGCGGCAAGCUUGACUUCGACAAACUCGUUGCCACGCUUUUCUCUGAGGAAGUGUGCCUGGUCGGUGACAUCCUGAUCAACCUCGGAGACAUCACCUCCUUCACUGUCUGCUUCUCAAACCUGGUGCUUGUACGCGACGAGCUCGUGGACCUGAUCCCCGUCUGCAUUCUCUUCAUCGUGUUAGGCUGGAUCUCAACAUUGCACAACCUUCGUCUGACCGUAAGGCACUUCCAGUACAUCAUCAUCCAGAAGAACCAGAAGCACCACCUGCGCUUCAUCAACAAGCAUGCAGAGGCAGCGGCAAAUUCUUCUCUCCGCAGGUCAAACUCAAUGUUUUCAUCGUUCUCGAGCAAGGUGAACCCGGAAGAAGCAAAGGUGCAAGACGAGCAGAAGGAAGUUGUCUUGAAGAAGCUCUCUGAAGCUUUUUCGAUGAUCCGAUCAAACUCGCUCGAAGUCCAUAAGCCAUCGCAACUGGAUGUUAUAGACACAUUGCAACGCGCGCGAGAGAGGCUUCGGUCGGACUUGUUCUUGAUCAUGGUUGAAGCGUUACCUACCAUGUGCAUCUCACUGACCAUCUCUCUCGCUCUGACGGAUGGGGUCUCCAUGCUCAGCAUCGUCUCUCUUAUCCUCUCCACCGCUGUGUUCGGAGCCAAAUCGUCUGGCCUCGCCUCUUAUCCGACCGUCGUGGCUGACCUGAAGAGAGAACAGGAGCGGCUGCAUGCUGACGUCAUCCAGAAGGUCCUAACGGAAGUGUACAGCCCUAACAGCGACCUCCUCAAGCAGUCUGACGAUGACAAGAUCGUCCAGGUGCUUGCAACUCAUGACGGGAAUGCAGCAAUGAGACAAGGUUGGGAUGAAACCUCAUGA